AUGACGGCGUUUGUCGAUGCAGCAACCAGAAGGAGGGUCCUCAAGGUGAUUGUGGUAUCGCUACUGCUUGACCUGAUUUCCUUUACCUUUAUCCUUCCACUCUUUCCGAAGCUGCUCGAAUUCUACCGAGACCGUGAAGCUGCGUCCCCGGCUCUUGAUGGGCCGCCAACAUUGCUGCAACAAGUCCUCGGGGGCCUCAACAGAUACAAGGCUUCUUUCUCGCGGCCCAUUGAUUCGCGACAUGACAUUGUUCUUCUCGGCGGAGCCAUGGGCUCUCUCUUUUCCCUGUUGCAAGCCAUUGCAUCCCCCCUGAUUGGCAAGUUGUCCGAUCGAAAAGGCCGGCGUGCUGCGUUGCUAGUCUCCAUGUGCGGAAACGUACUCUCCGUCAUUCUUUGGGUGGCCGCCGUUGACUUCCGCACGUUUGUGGCGAGUCGGGUGGUUGGCGGCCUUUCAGAGGGCAAUAUCCAGCUGUCCACUGCCAUGGCGAGCGACAUAUCCGACGAAUCCUCUCGUGGCUCCACCAUGGCAGUCAUCGGCGCAUGCUUCUCCAUCGCCUUCACUUUUGGCCCAGGCCUGGGAGCGUGGCUCAGCACGAAACCCCUCGUCGCUGCCAACCCGUUCGCAACGGCUGCGGCGUUUAGUUUGGUUCUUGUGGUUGGCGAGACGAUAUAUCUGUACGUCUCUCUACCAGAGACUUUGCCGUCAAUGGCGGGCAAGGGAACCGGGCAAGGUAAAGGAACGGAAACAAGAGGCAAGCGGCAGGUCAGGACGAAUUCUCACGUGCUGCUCAAUGCGGUGCAUUUCGUGUUCCUGCUCUUCUUUUCCGGAAUGGAGAGUUCGCUGUCUUUUAUGACCUACGAACUGUUUGAGUUCACAUCUGGCAGGAACGGCAAACUGCUGGGGUAUAUCGGACUCGUCGCCUCACUCCUCCAGGGCGGCGUUACGCGUCGACUUUCCCCGUUGCUCUCUGUUCGAAUUGGCGUCGUCUCGUGCCUGACUGCGUUUUUCCUGCUUGGACGGGUCAGCAGCGUCGGCGGGCUGUAUCUGGCGGCAACUUGUCUGGCCAUGACGUCUGCGACAGUAGUGACGGGCUUGAACGCCCUGAGCAGUUUCGAAGCCAGCGAGGACGAGCGAGGCUCCAAGUUGGGGAUAUUGAGGAGUUGGGGUCAGCUUGGUCGAGGGCUGGGUCCAAUUCUGUUCACCAGCGUGUACUGGUGGGCAGGACGGGCCUAUGCAUACAACUUGGGUGCGACGGGUAUCGCCAUGGUCUCGGCGGUUGCUCUGAUGGGACUAAAGACGCCUAGAGCGUCAGUGAAGGCCAAUGGGGAUGCCAAUGCUAAGGCCAGAGCUGGUUGA